UCCAACGAGUGUUGAAGUCUUUCCGGGUCAAAGUUGAUUCCCUUCCGUCCACAUGUGAUUCACAUGUUUACAUGGGCAUUUGUAUUCGGAGGAACAUACUGGUGACACUGACAUCGGAAAACAUUUAUUGCAUACUGUUAUAGUACAAGCAUAGCGCUGCUAUGUCGGACAGUGAAGAAGAAGCUUGUGAACUCCGGACAGUAAAGAAGAGAGUUUCAAAGUACAAGUGUCCGGCCGACUUUGUGUCCAUGCCGUAUGAUUCCUCUGCAAGUGUUUUACAGGACGAAGAUGGAGAGAAGGAAUUAUGGAUCAUCAAAGCUCCAGCUCGCUUCGAUCCUAAAUGCUUUGAAAACCUCCAAGUUCCCUUAUCAGGACUGGAAAUGGUCCAGUCUUCUGGCGCAACCUCUCAGAUCUACAGCGUCCUCAGCAGCAGAACGGCACCAUCAGAUCUCGAUCUGCUCAUUUCCAAAGGGAAACAUCAGAAGCCUGUCCUCUGUUCCUCCGGCUUCAGUGGAGUCCUCAAGAUCUCAGAGAGCUACGGAAACUGCAGUGAGAACCAAGGUCCCGUUCCCAUCCCGGCCGCUCCAGCUCCAUCUAUCCCAGCUGGUCUCAGGCAACGUUUCCAGCCUUUUGGUAGUUCCUUUGCAGCUCACGUGCAAGAUGAAGUCUCCGUAGUCUCUCCAACUGUUCCCAAGAGAACCAGUCAGGAACCGAUCGAGGGCGAGGAGCGGAAAAAGAAGAAAAAGAAAAAGAAAGACAAGAGGAAAGAGGACAGUGAAGCAGUUUUUAUCAAAGAAGAACAGACACAAAUUGUCUGUGAUCAGUUAGAAUUAUCUGAACUUAAGGAGGAAGAGCCGACGGAGGAAAGGAGGAGGAAGAAGAAAAAGGUGAAGAAAGAGAAGGAAAGACAAAGUGAAGACAUGGUUGAUGCAAGUUUAAUAUCUAAAAUGGAGCCACUGGAUCCUUCAUAUGAUGAUUACAUUGACACCCCAGGGAAAACUAAAAAGAAGAAAAAGAAAAGUAGUCGACAUGAGUAGACUGUCAUAAGAACUAGGGAUGUUUUAUCAAUUUGUCGUUCACAAAUGCUUACUGUGAUAUUUAACUGUCAAAUACAAUUGAAAAAGUGUGUCUGUCUUAAAAUGAUUCAAGGUUUCUAUGCAACAUUCAGUAUUACCUUAUGCAUUGGUUCAUUCUUCUACUUAAAAUCUUUUUUUUUUCGUGUUUUAAUGUCAUUCAAGCAACUGCACAUAACAGAUGCUAUUUUAUGUAAUAGACCUUAGUCAGGUUAGUUGCCAUAUUGAAUAUUUAAUAUUGAAAAUGAGUCACUAAGAGAUAGACAUACAGUUGUUACAGUGGUAUGCACUGUAUAAAGGUCCUUGACCAUGUAAUAAUCUCAACUCACAGUUAAUGUGAGUUUUGUUUGUACUGAAAGUCCCCUCCUACGCCCCCCAAAAAAGAUGUUUUGUGAACUGAACAAAUGCUAUGUUCUUAAA